CGUUAGCAGUGUGUUUCCUGCUCACCUUGGCCUUGGUGAGGAUGGCGAUGGUCGUGAGGAGCCGAGUGUUUCUAGACAGCGCGGGCGGGUGCCCAGUCUCGAUCUGCUUCGGCUGCAGAUGUUUCUCGUCCUCAGCCCCCAGGGGGGCCUCGCGCGCCAAAGAGGCGGAGCGGGAGAGCGCGCCCUCGCCUCCCAAGAGAAAGGUUUCAAGUUUUCACCCGCCUUCAGAUUCUUGCUAUGAUUGGAUUGGACCUCCUGAUCAAUGUUCAAACCUUCGACCAGUAAUAUUUUAUGUUCCUAAACAUGAAUCACCAUUGGAACGAAGACUGAGAGAACUUAGGCAGGAAACCCAGUCUUGGAAUCAAGAAUUCUGGGCAAAUCAAAAUAUAUCAUUUAGAAAGGAAAAAGAAGAAUUUGUUUGUUCUAGACUGAAAGCCAAGGGUAUACAGCCAAGAGAUGAAAAAGGUCAGAAAGCAUCACUGACUGCAGAAGAAAUGGCUGAAUUUUACAAAGAUUUCCUAAGUAAAAACUUAAAAAAAAAUGUAUACUACAAUAGGGAAUGGUACAAACGGAAUUUUGCCAUCACAUUCCUCAUGGGACAAGUAGCAUUUAAAAAAGCUUGGAAGAAAUUUGGACUGAAAUGGACUGCAAACUAACCGGCAGCAGUGUUGGUUUUUUAAUCCAAAGAUGAAACCAAGUAUUGAUCUUCUGUCCUAAAUUACAUCAAAGCAUUCUGGUGUAUUUUUAUACAGGUGCUUGUUUUUAUUUAUUUAUUUUGUUCAUUUAUACAUCAGAUGCUUGCAGCCAAUGCAAUGGUUAAAAACAGAAUCAAUAUAUAACAGUCAGAAAACUAUAAAAUAACAAACAAUAAACAAUCAUAGCAGAACUAUCUAAAACCAAUAACCAGACCUCAAAAAUUGCAGCAUCAGAACAAUAAAUUAAAAGACAAUUAAAGAAGAAUUAGGCAAUACAAGGAUAAGGAUGGAAUAGAAACGUAGACUGGGGGAUCAUCAUAGGUAUGAUACCCAUUCCCCCAACUUAUGAUUAUGCCCAGUACCUCAUCAAAAUGUUAAACAGCAAAGAAGAAAAUGGCAUUGAACUUUGUAAACAUACACGUUACACUUCAUAUAGUGUAAUUUUAAAUUUUCUCUUACUGAAUCUAGUUGAAUUGUUUUCCUUCCACUGCAGUUGCUCUUACUCUAUCUAAAUAUCUGAAUAUAAAAAUGAUUUACAUACAAGAAUGCUGCGUAUCUCAGGAACUCGAUGCUCGUAGAGUAAGAUAAAUUAAUACUUAGUUAUGGUGAUUCUUUUGUUAGGAAAGGCUGAAGAUUUGUUAAUACUGUAUCAGCUGUCAAUCAAAAUGAGGGAUUUAAUAUUUUUCCAAGGAACUCUAAAUCAUCACGCUAGCAAUAUAAUGUGUGAACACGAUACUGUAAUUGCUUAAUUUACAUCAUGAUUAACUGUGCAAAGUUUAUAACCUAGGAAUGGUCCUCCUAGUAAAGACUUUUUGUUGCUGUGUAUGAAUUGCUGCGUCCUGCAUUACAUAUAAGGGUCGUCUAUGCGUAUAGAACAUCUUGCUAAAUGGCCAAAGAGUGAAUAUUAACAACACAUUCUAAGAUGAGGGAUGGGGAACACUCUGAGAUGGACAGGUCCAAGGACCUGAGAAGUAGAAAUCCCAAAUCUGCCCCACAAGACACCCCAAACGCCACCCUGCAACCUGCCUGGGCCGGUCCUGAGGAAAGGAAUCAGCUGGCUGCAGAUGAGCACCCAUCAAAAUAUUUGUAUUUAGAAGCAUUGGACCUGCAGCCUGGACCCCAGGGAAAUAUAGAGGACUGGGUUGAUAGCAAGAUCCAGAUGAUCUGCUGCUUUACCAACAGUGUCCAGUCCUUUCAUCUUUUCUACAUGUCAUCAAUUGCUAAAUGACUGAAAUAUUUUAAGAUGAGUUUCGAAUUAAUGCUGUAUUUAAUAAAAUGCCAACAACAA